AUGCAAAAGAAGCAAGUCUUGGCCCUGUUGGAAAAGAGGCUGAAGAAAGAGCCAAAGAAGCUUUACUGGAGGAACUGCAGCAAGCUAAGACAGAAGUUGCCAGAUACAGAUCCAAAUAAAAUAACAAUGGAACAACAGCAGAAACCGCAUCAGCAUAGAAGUCCUGUUUAUAACAGUGUUGGCAUGUUGUUUGAUUAUGACAUGGCAGAUAUGUUUAAUCAGGUUGAUGUCAUAAUCCAGUCCCAACAGAAACCUACCUGUUCUUCUAGCUGUAGAGAAGAAUUUCCAUUUGCAGCGCAUCCACCUAACAUCUCUGUCUCUUUCUCUUUUAUUUUCCAGGCUUCCUUUGGAAGUUCGAGCCCAGUUGGUUCUUUAUCUUCGGAGGAUCAUGAUUUUGACCCUACUGCUGAAAUGUUGGUACAUGACUAUGAUGAUGAGAGAACUCUUGAAGAGGAGGAAAUGAUGGAGGAGGGCAAAAACUUCAGCUCUGAAAUUGAAGAUUUAGAAAAGGAAGGAAGCAUGCCUUUAGAAGACUUACUAGCUUUCUAUGGCUAUGAACCUACAAUUCCAGUUAUAGCAGGUUCCAGUGCAGAUAGUUCCCCAAGUGAACUUGCAGAUGAACUGCCGGAUAUGACUCUGGACAAAGAGGAAAUAGCUAAAGACCUUUUGUCAGGUGAUGAUGAAGAAACACAGUCUUCUGCUGAUGACUUGACACCAUCAGUUACUUCACAUGAAACUACAGACUUCUUUCCUCGACCCUUAAGAUCAAACACUACGUAUGAUGGUGAUAAGGAAUCUGAUGGUGAAUAUGUUGAGACAGACAAUGGUAAUUCAUCUGAAGAUUUGAGGAAGGAAAUAAUGGUUGGGUCACAGUAUCAGGCUGAAAUUCCACCUUACCUGGGCAAGUACAGUGAUGACGAAAAGGUGUAUGAAAAUGAAGAUCAGUUACUUUGGAGACCUGAGGUGGUUUCAGAGAUUAAGGUUAAAGAAUACCUUUUUGAGACUUCGUUAAGAACUGGAACUGAAAAAGCUAUUGGGAGAAUUCCUGAAGGAAUACACACUCGCGACAAUGAACAGGCACUCUAUGAACUUCUCAAAUGUAAUCAUAAUAUAAAAGAAGCAAUUGAGAGGUAUUGCUCAAAUGGAAAGGCAUCUCAAGAAGAGAUGACAGCUUGGACAGAAGAAGAAUGUAGAAACUUUGAGCAUGCACUUCUGAUUUAUGGGAAAGAUUUUCAUCUCAUACAGAAAAAUAAGGUAAAUGAGGUGGAGAGAAUGGUAUAGGUUAGUCACUUAACAUUUUGUAAAAGCAACUCAUUUACUAGAAGCAAUGCCUGCAGUAAAUUAUAGUUGACUUCAUUUGCAUGCCAACUUUACCACAAACGUCAUUGAACAGUCAACAUUUUCAUGAUCAGUCAAUCUAUUAAUCUCUGAAAUAGUGUUGUAUUUGCAUUUCUUUCAUUUAUGAAUUUAUAAUUAGGGCCCUACCAAAUUCAUGGCAUGGAAAAACAAGUCAUGGACUGUGAAUAUGAGAAAUAAGAAUGGCCAUA